UGUACUGUGUUCUCUGCUUCAAGUUGGAUUCUGUAUGGAUGUACGAUGUCAAGAAAAACUAGGCGAAGCCCCACAAAAGAUGCUGUUGAACACAUUCUUUCAGGCACAGAUAAACCAUGGUUUGAAGAGAGAUUUAUUAACGAGUAUAAAGGAAAAGACAAAAACCAGCAAGUCACCUGCUGAACCUGACUGUUCUGAUGGGCAGAGAGGAGAAAUCAGAGCGGUGAAGGAAAAGACAAAAACCAGCAAGUCACCUGCUGAACCUGACUGUUCUGAUGGGCAGAGAGGAGAAAUCAGAGCAGUGAAGUUCACUUCGACGACUGUUGGGGGAACACGGGCGUCCGGUUGGUGAGCAGCGACCCGACGUUCAGAGUCGACGCCGACGGAUCGGUGUAUGCUAGGAGAGACAUGACCGGUCUGACCACGCCAAUCAGGUUCACGGUGACGGCGCACGCCGCGGACGACACACAGAGCUGGACAACCACCGUCGAGCUAGUGCUCCAGGAAACGACAGGUAAUUACACAGCGCGAGGACAGGAGGACGCCGGGGAGCAGGGCGUGGUCGUCAGGUUCCCGCCGGGACACGACUCGGACUCCGGCGACCUCCGGAGGCGGCAGAAGAGAGACUGGGUCAUUCCGCCAAUCAACGUACCCGAGAACUCGCGGGGGCCCUUCCCUCAGAUGCUCGUCAGCAUCCGAUCGGAUAAAGAUCGUUCCAUCAACAUCAGGUACAGCAUCACCGGCAUGGGUGCGGAUCAGCCCCCCAACGAGGUGUUCAACAUCGACCCGGAGCGAGGCAAAAUGUACGUCACCAAACCUCUGGACCGAGAGGAGCGCUCCUCCUACCACCUCCGUGCUCACGCGGUGGACAUGAACGGGAACCAGGUGGAGCAGCCGGUGGAUCUUUACAUCUUCGUCAUCGACAUGAACGACAACCGACCUGAGUUCAAGAACCAGAUCUACAACGGCUCAGUGAUGGAGGGGUCCAAACCAGGUACAACCGUGAUGACGGUGACGGCGCACGACGCCGAUGACAUCACCACCUCCAACGGCAUGGUGCAUUACCGCAUCCUCCAGCAGACCCCGCACAUCCCGAUCCCCAACAUGUUCACCAUCAACAGAGAGACGGGCGACAUCGUUACUGUCGCUGCGGGACUCGACCGAGAGAGAGUUCCUCAGUACACGGUCAUCGUGGAGGCCACAGAUAUGGAGGGGAAUUUAAAUUUCGGUUUGUCGAGCACGGCCACGGCGAUCAUCGCUAUCACCGACGUCAACGACAACCCACCGGAACUCACACAGAACACGUUUUCGGGUGAGGUGCUGGAGAACAGCGUGAACGUGGUGGUCGCCAAUCUGAGCGUGAUGGAUAAAGACGAGCCGCGGACGCCCAACUGGAACGCCGUGUACCGCAUCGUCAGCGGCGACACCGGGCGGCACUUCACCGUCCGUACCAACCCGGAGAAUAACGACGGCAUGCUCACUGUGGUGAAGCCGGUGGAUUUCGAGAACAACCGCGCCUUCACGCUGACGGUGGUCGUCUCCAAUCAGGCCCCCCUGGCCGAGGGGAUCCAGUCGUCCCUUCAGUACACGGCGGGCGUGGCCGUCACCGUCAGGGACGUCAACGAGCCCCCCGUCUUUCCCGAGAACCCCAAAAUGGUCCGGUUCGAGGAGGGCGUUCCGCCGGGCACCAUCAUCUCCACGCUGACGGCGAGGGACCCGGACACGUUCAUGCAGCAGGGCAUCCGGUACGAUAAACUCUUCGAUCCGGCUAACUGGCUCUCCGUCAACUCCAGCAGCGGGCAGAUCACCACCGCCGCCGUCCUGGACCGGGAGUCCGUCUACGUGAAGAAGAACGUCUACGAGGCCACCUUCCUCGCCGUGGAUAACGGUUCUCCGCCCAGCAGCAGCACAGGAACCCUGCAGAUCUUCCUCAUAGACGUGAACGAUAACUCUCCAUCGCUGGUUCCUCGAGAUGCUCAGAUCUGCGAGAGAUCCAACAUGAACUUCAUCAACAUCACGGCCGCGGACGCCGACACCGAGCCCAACGUCGGGCCCUUCGUCUUCGAGCUGCCCCUUCACCCCUCCAUCAUCCGCCGCAACUGGACCGUGACCCGAAUCAACGGAGACUACGCUCGACUGAGUCUGAGGGUCCAGUUUUUGGAGUCGGGGGUGUACGAGGUUCCCAUCACGGUCUCGGACUCGGGGAACCCCCCACUCUCCAACAAAUCUGUGAUUAAGGUGAAAGUGUGUCCGUGUGAUGUCCACGGUGACUGCACCACUCUGGGAGCCGUGGCAGCCGCCGGACUGGGCACCGGUGCCAUCAUCGCCAUCCUCAUCUGCAUCAUCAUUCUCCUCUGUUUGGUUCUGCUGUUCGUGGUUUGGAUGAAGAGGAAAGAGAAGGAACGGCACAACAAGCAGCUGCUGAUCGAUCCCGAGGACGACGUCCGCGAUAACAUCCUCAAAUACGACGAGGAGGGAGGCGGGGAGGAGGACCAGGACUACGACCUGAGCCAGCUGCAGCAGCCCGACUCCCUGGAGCACAUCAUGGGCAAACCCUCGGGGGUCCGGCGGGUGGACGAGAGACCCGUAGUGCCCGAGUCUCAGUACCCACUGCGGCCCUUGGUGCCACACCCCGGAGACAUCGGAGAGUUCAUCAACGAGGGUCUGAGAGCGGCGGACAACGACCCGACGGCGCCCCCCUACGACUCUCUGCUGGUGUUCGAUUAUGAGGGCAGCGGCUCGACGGCCGGCUCGGUCAGCUCGCUCAACACGACCAGCAGCGGCGAACAGGACUACGAUUACCUCAGCGAGUGGGGGCCGCGCUUCAAAAAACUGGCCGACAUGUACGGCGGCGGGGACGAUUAACCCGGGGCAGAGGACACGCCCCUGCGAGCUCUUUUCGGGUCACCUGAUCUGCGGUGACGACCAAUCGUGGGCCUCUGUCUCGCUCUCUGGAAAAGAAAAAAAAAAAAGAACACACCCACUUACCAACGUACCGACCGCUCGCCCGCCCAGCUCCAGAGAGACUUGUACAGAGAGAGACAGCGAUAUAACGGACCUGCUCUUUUAUUACCACUUUAUUUUUAAUUCCUUUACACUAUUUUAUGUUUUCGAUUGUAGUCGAGUUGUAUUUACGCUACUGGAAGGUUCCCUCGAUGCCGCCGCGUGCAAAUAAAUACGUCCCGCUUGUGCGGAAAAGCAUAAAAAGAAUCGAAAAUUCGGAAAACGGGACGCGCCCGUUCCGACGAAGCCAUCGGUUUAUUUCUCUCAGAACUUUAAUCGUGGAGGCGAUUGAAGAAGUGUCGUUGUUUAAGAAGUGCCUUUAGUGGUGCACAGUUUUCGGAUUCUUCACGAUCUCAGGGUCGGCCGUUCCUCCAGACCUACGCCUGACGUCAUUGUGACAUCACUACGAGAUCAUUCCCGACAUCAACGCUCAUGUCCAGGUUACUCACGGUUCUCCUGCGAGAGUGUUGAGGCCGUUCGCUCCUCCCGAGAAGCUUGGACGUGUCCGGCUUGAUGGGCGUGUCUCCGUUUAUAGCCGUUUCCUGUAAGACACGCCUGUUUAUGAUCUAGCCUGGACGGACGAUGGAUUUGCGUUUCAUUUCAUCACGUCGUACUUUAGUUCGUUGCAGUUUUCGCACAGCGAUGCCACCACGAGCGCAUUACAGACCCUGACCGUCUACGCCCCCGUGUGAAGGGUUCAGGUUUGCGUGUUCAGUCCGAACGUCAUGCGUGUAAAACGUGAACGUCUUUGGUUCUCCAAAGUGCGAAUGGUGUUCAAACACCUCUACACCAUUUCUAACUAAUCACAGAUUCUAACAGGCACCUAAAGCCAAUUCUAUAACAUAAACUAUAGGCUUAGAAUGCUUCCAACAUUGUGCCAACAGCUUGGGGAAGUUCCUUUACAAGGUGUCAGUAUUACUCCAACUUCCUGAGCUCAAUAUAGAACCCGGAAACCAUUCCAAGUAGCAUGAACGUGUCAGCUCGGACCCCGGAGCCUGUGAGUAGUUCAGGUUCCAGAGUUCCAGUCUGAGAGGUUUGAGUUCUGCCUCAUUUCUGCUGCAAGAGCGACCCCUGCUGUCCGGUUAGUGGAGGAACACCUAGAGCGUAGUGUGACUCUCGGAGUGAAAGAAGCGUGUAGAUGGUGCGUGAAAGAGAAAUCGUUAACGCCUGGUUCGUUCUUCUGCGUAUAAAUACCUGAGUGAGAUACGGUUUAGGAAUCCUCAUCCGAUUUAUCAUUGGGUUGAAGUAAAUCUCUACUGAAACGCCCGUCCACGUUCCGCACCACAGAUCGUACCACUAUUGUACAGAUUUUUUUGUUUUUUUUUAUACGGUUUUGGUUCAUCUGAAUGACAGGAAACUCUAAGAUUAAAGCCAUGCUGGUGUUAGACACGAGGAA